GAAUUCCUGGAGGGAAAGUGGCGAGGGUUGAGGGGUAAAAAAAUAACGUGUUUGGACCGCAGACUGAUCUCGCUUCCUCCCAUCUUUGAGGACAUGUAUUUCCUUUGCAAAAGCGGUUACUCGAAUAUCUUGUCAAUAUAAUAGACAGUCUUUGUCAUAAACCAGUGUUGGACUUGGCCGAGCAUCUACGCCACACACUUCUCUUCCCCUACUCGCACCAGGAUCAGUGCUGAACGCUCGGCUCGGGAGAAUCAAGCGAGCUAAACACGGCUUCCAUUGUCGUGGUAGCCCCACUCCGUCGAGCUGAACUACUAGUAAAUAACUACAGUGGGUUACCUCUUCGGCGUUACUUCAUGGAUACGGUGUCGCGGUCGUUCAUAGGCAAGCUAGCUAGUAGCCUGCUAACGUUAGCAGCUCAGUGUUGAUUCCUUUGACUCCAUCUACCGCUGACACUGGUGCAAAUGAGUGAACCGGGGAAGAGUUUGCUUUCUUCCCCUACUUCUUCAGGGGGGCAACCUGUGGGGUCUGACACCUACAAAGGCUGGCUGUAUAAAUGGACUAACUACUUGAAGGGCUACCAACGCCGGUGGUUUGUCCUUAGCAACGGCCUUCUGUCAUAUUACAGGACUCAGGCAGAGAUGGCCCACACUUGCCGUGGCACCAUCUCCCUGACCACGGCACACAUUGAAGUGGGUGAUGCGUGCCACCUGGUGCUAACCAGCGGAGGGCGGAGCUACCACCUGAAGGCCACCUCAGAUGGGGAGAGUCAGCGCUGGGUCUCUGCCCUCCAACAGGCUAAGGCCAACGCCAGUCACAUGAUGCACCAAUCAGCAUGGGAGUCCUUCACUGUUGUCUGGCGCUCCAAGGAUGCUCUGCCUGACACUGGCCUUGAGUCAGACAACCUGCUGGGAGAUGGUAGCUUAUAUAUGCAUGCAUGUCACAUGAAGCAGGCAAAUGCAGAAGCUGAUGGAUUUGGCCCAGAUCUGUGUUUUUACGAUGACUCCGGAGACGAGGCCCCUGUGCCCCAGCCUGACCGAGCCCUGACCCAGGGGGCUCUGAAGACCCUGGCUAGUAAGCUGGACGACCUGAGCACCUGCAACGAGCUAAUCGGCAAGCACGGCGCCGCCCUGCAGCGAUCCCUCAGCGAGCUCGAGGACCUGCGCUCGGCCACUGACGGCACCGACAAACUCAAGACUGUCAACGAGCGUGCCACACUCUUCCGCAUCACCUCCAAUGCUAUGAUCAAUGCCUGUAGGGACUUCCUGGACGUAGCAGAGACACACAGCCGGAGGUGGCAGAGAGCCCUGCAGUAUGAGAGAGAACAGCGCCACCACCUGGAGGAGACUAUUGAACAGCUAGCCAAGCAGCACAACAGCCUGGAGAGGGCCUGGAGAGAGGCUCCCAGCACACACCCAGACGGAGGUGAGAGAACGCAGGAGGGUGACGCCAGUGAUGAGAAUGAAGACACAGAGUUCUUUGAUGCCAUGGAGGACUCCCCUGCCUUCAUCACAGUGACCGCCUCUGACCACACGCAGCACAGACGCUCUGGCAGUAACCAGAGUAUCAUGAGUGGAGGAUUACCCAAUAGUGAAUGGAGCCACAAUGAGAAUGACUCUGGCUCCAACAACGUCCAGCUGCGUAGAGUUAGACGGAGCCGCAUCCCAAACAAACCCAACUACUCCCUUAACCUGUGGAGCAUCAUGAAGAACUGCAUCGGCAAGGAGCUGUCCAAGAUCCCCAUGCCUGUAAACUUCAACGAGCCCCUGUCGAUGCUGCAGCGUCUAACUGAGGAUCUGGAGUACAGUGACCUGCUGGACCGGGCGUCUCGCUGCGAAUCGUCCCUGGAGCAGAUGUGCCUGGUGGCAGCCUUCUCUGUGUCCUCCUACUCCACCACCAUCCACCGCACUGCCAAGCCCUUCAAUCCCCUGCUGGGGGAGACCUACGAGCUGGACCGGCUGGAUGACUUCGGCUACCGCUCCAUCUGCGAACAGGUCAGUCACCACCCCCCAGCCGCCGCCCACCAUGUGACGUCACAACGAGGCUGGACCCUGUGGCAGGAGAUCACUAUCGACAGCAAGUUCAGAGGGAAAUACAUCUCUGUAAUGCCAUUAGGCUGCAUCCACCUGCAGUUCCACUCCAGUGGGAAUCACUAUGUGUGGGGAAAAGUCACCUCCACGGUGCACAACAUCAUAGUGGGCAAACUGUGGAUUGACCAGUCUGGGGACAUUGAAAUAGUCAACCACAGGACCAAGGACACCUGCCACCUCAAGUUUGUCCCUUACAGUUAUUUCUCCAGAGACCUCUCACGCAAGGUGACAGGUGUGGUAGCAGAUAGCGAGGGCACGGCCCAUCACAUUAUGUCUGGUACCUGGGACGACAAGAUGGAGAGCGCCAAGAUAGUGGAGAGUAGCCGGGGAUGUGGAGGGUCAGAGGGCAAACAGAAGACCCUCUAUCAGACCCUCCAGCCCAAAGUGCUGUGGAAGAAAUACACUCUCCCGGAAAAUUCUGAGAACAUGCACUUCUUCUCCUCCCUGGCACUGACACUGAACGAGCCUGAGGAGGGCGUGGCUCCGACUGACAGCCGCCUGAGGCCCGACCAACGGCUGAUGGAGGCGGGGCUUUGGGAUGAGGCCAACGCCCACAAACAGCGUCUGGAGGAACGACAAAGGCUGGAGAGGAGGAAGAGGGAGGCACAAGCAACACAGGUCCUGGAAGAAGGCCAAGACAUCGAGGGCUUCCAGCCACUGUGGUUUGAGAGGAGGACAGAUGAUUCAACGGGGGAGAGCACUUACGUGUACAGGGGUGGAUACUGGGAGGCCAAAGACAAACAGGACUGGAGCCAAUGCCCUGAAAUCUUCUAAGGCUCCACCCCUGGGACUGUGACAUCACUGGAGGGCAGAGCUGAGGGACUGGUGGACAAGCAGAGGGAGGGGUCCACAUGCUGCAAACACAUUGACAUGUGGCCAACUCUUUGUCCAUUUGUGUGUGUUCCAGAAAGACGGAGCCCUCCAUGCCAAACUUCAAGAACAUUCUCUGUCCCCAUCACUGACCAGUGUGUUUUGCAAGCAUGGCCUCGUGUGUGUGUGUGUGUGUGUGUGUGUGUGUGUGUGUGUGUGUGUGUGUGCGCGUGCGUGGCGCAACAGAGUAAGUUAGAGAGACAACCUAUUUGAGAUAUUUUGAUUAAGAGUUACAAAAUAGAGCUAUUGCAUGGAAACCCAUGUUUAUUUGAGGUGGUAUGUCUAGUGGUGCCUGGUGCUCCAUUGAUCUGGUAAUAAGGUAAUAGCUACCGUAAGUGUAUAAUAUUAUAGAAUAAUAUUGGUACAAUUGUAUGGAUAAGUAGGGGGGAAAGUGAAAGAGGUUGUGUUUUGGUUCUAGGAUGUCCUGUUCCAGUCUGAGCAACUAUCUCCAAUAUAUAUCAAGGGUACAAAACAUUAGGAACACCUUAAUAUUGAGUUGCACCACCUGCUGCCCUCAGAACAGCGUCAAUUCGUUGGGGCAUGGACUACAAUGUGUCAAGCGUUCCACAGGGAUGCUGGCUCAUGUUGACUCCAAUGCUUCCCACAUUUGAGUCAAGUUGGCUGGAUGUCCUUUGGGUGGUGGACCAUUCUUGAUACACACAGGAAACUGUUAAGCAUGAAAAACCCAGCAGCAUUGCAGUUCUUGACACACGCAAACCGGUGUGACUGGCACCAACUACCAUACCCUGUUCAAAGAGGCACACAUACACAAACCGUGUCUCAAGGCUUGAAAAUCUUCCUUUGACCUGUCUCCUCUCUUCCAGGUACACUGAUUUGAAGCAGAUUUUUUUUUAGGUGACAGCAAUAAGGGAUCAAAGCUUUCACCUGGAUGCCGUGUCAUGGAAAGAGCAGGUGUUCCUAAUGUUUUGAACACUUUAAUAUCUAUAUGUAACUAUGCAUAUCUAUAUGUAACUAUGCAUAUCUAUAUGUAACUAUGCAUAUCUAUAUGUAACUAUGCAUAUCUAUAUGUAACAUUGUGCAGUGCCAGUGUUUCCUUCUGUUGCAACAGCGAGGCACUCCCCAGAUUUGUAACUUAACAGUGCAUUUCUGAAGUGCAUGAAAACACCCAUGUAGUGGACGCUGAUAUCACUGAAUACGUUUGAUCUGUACAGACCUCAUCUCAGAAACCAAGAACUAAAGUCUUUACCAGUUAUGUUACAUGCGUCUUUCCAUGAGCGAUUAGUACAGACCAAAAACUAGGGGAAUUUUGAGUAUGUAAGAAGCUACCCACGAUUAUGAUCAUUCGUAAACAAUAUCGAUUGUGUUCUAAUGUCUUGGUUUCUCAAAUGUUGAUGAGGGUGCAUUAUGAACAGACAAAAUGUUAAAUCUUAACAAAUGAUUCCACCCUGUGCAAUGAAAUGUUUCAAUGUCUUAUAUAUAUUUUUUAAAUAUUAAGAAAUCGUCUGAAUUAUACUAUAGGAUGUGUAAUGUCGAGUUGCACAGUGCAAAGGAGGUGUGUACUCCAAUUAUUACACAUCUUUGUGUUUGACUGCAGGCAUUUAAACAUGCACCAUCAAUGAACUCAGACCUGUGUUGUGGCACCACUUGUAGCUAAUGCAUGGUUUAAUGUGCUCAUGCACUGCUGCCUAGUAUUAAUUAGGCAUUAGCCUCAAUAGUCGUUUCUAGACUUCACUCACAGAAGAACAUUGUGUGAAUUCACCUCUUGUGCCCUAGGUCUUCGAAAAUUGACUUUUUUUUGCUUGAACAAACAAACUGUCUCAAUGUGGUCUUUGUAAACAUGCACAGUGUUAUCAGAGAUGGCAUAUAAUGUAGUAACCAGCUUUUUGUGUCAUGCAGUUCUCAACUCAAGACAUAGAUGAAAACUAAAUUAGCCAAGUUGAAGACUCAAGCCAAGAGGAGAUUUUCCCUGGGACAGUCUGUCUGAUCUGGGCUAGCCGGUCUGAUGGGGCUGCACACUCCACAUUACUCGUUUGACGUCAUCUUGGCUCUAGCACACAUGUAUUCAAGGUACCACUCAAUAAAAGCAAUUCAAACUAA